AUGGAGGAUUCGACAAACGAGCAGCCCAUUGAUCGAGAAAAGCAACGCACAGCUUCUGAUGGCGAGCUCCUGACCACUUUUGCCACGGCUGAAAUCCCACCUGAUGUCUUGGACACAGCGGACAGCGCAACCCACGACGCGUCUCAAUUGCUCAACGACAACGCUUCGGACACGACUUCUUCCUCGCGACGCCACUCUACCAACGAUCGAAUGCUAGACGACGAUCUCACAGAUGGUCGCCUAGCGGGUGCCAAAUCUGAAUCCAGCCGCUCGUCGCUGUCUUCAGUUCCUGAUUCCGUUGUCGUGCAUUCCAAAGCAGACAUGGUUCGCAAUCAAGCCCCUCCGAGUACCGGCGACGUCUACGACAGCGAUGUCAGCUACAAUACAUUCAACAACCAGAUACCGCAGAAGAUCCGCGACCGCAAUUCGCCGUUCAGACACCCAAGCUCUGUUCGAGCAAUGCAGAUGUACACCGAAGACGAAGAAGAUGAAUACAUGACUCCAUCCAGGCGCCGAGGGCCAGCCUAUCGUGGCUCGCCAUCAUCAGUUAUGCGCUCUCCCGGAUCUCCACUUGCUAGGCUACAGGGUUAUAAUUCCACGGGGGGGACGCCAAAGAAGCCGGCCAUCAAAACAGAAAACCCUCUUGUGUUGCUGCACUGCACUGUCCUUCCACCUACAGUCAUCCUCGCCCCGGGGAUUCAACUUCCGGAUCGCAAGGUCCUUGAAACCGUAUUGCCUUUGCAGUUUUGGCGACGAUGGAAGCUGUUGGAAGAGAAAAUUGUUGGCUCAGGAUUGCUCCGCGACCGAGGGGUUCUCCUUCAACAUCCGCAGGAAGAUUAUGGGCUCUUGGAAGAAAGGCUUUUGGAAAGUUUAGAGCUGCAACGGCCAAGAAUUGAACACGGCCAUUUUGUUGGCGAACAUGACUGUGGGGAAUCAGGGAAUGAAAGCAAUAACGAGGAUACUGAGAGUCGCCUGUCGUCUGAUAACUCUCAUGAACGGUCGUGUCCAGAUUGUGGAUGUCAUGUUGGUCAGCAUACAAGUCACAAGAGAUGGAACGUUAGAUUUUAUGCAGCCAAUGGGUUGAUGAAAGAGGGGGCUUGGACGGCUGCUUGGAAGGAGAUUGAGCGCAUCGAUGUACAAGUCAGUCUGUGGUUACCGUAUGAGGUGAAGGUCGAGGUCGAGAGACGAAUACAAGAGGAACAAACAGCUCUUGUGACGGAAAACCAGCUGAAAGCUGCUCAAAUUGCUUCAAGCGAGAAAUGUCUACCGCAGGAAGAGAUCGAUGGGCUGGCUUAUGCUCCUCAACGUGACCGAGAUAUUCCAGAGUCCCGCUUAACGCCAUUCGAUAUAUCAACCGAUCGGAAAUUCGAACCGCUUAGUCCAAACCCCUAUAGGAAGCCGAAUCAACAAAUUGAUCUGCACACGCUUUUGUUCAACUACAUUCGUAUCGUGGCAAGUGACACCAGGAAUAUCAUCACCGUGGCCAGCAUCCUCGUUGCCACCCUCGCCUUGGCAUACAGUUCUCAGACCAGACGCAACAUGUCCGAUGCUAUUCGAUUCGGUGAUUUUCCAGCAGUUAGUACUCGGGUCUAUCAUACGAGUUUUGCUUCUGUCCUAACCCAAGUCUCGACAGAAGUCCCUACUAUUGAAGUUGAGAAGUACGUGGAGGGGAUUAGUGAGGUUCAACGAGUGGCUCAAGAAGUGAACCACAGCGAACCUCCUAUUUACGAAACCACCAGCACUGCUCCAUCAGUUCAGGCCACAGAAACGCUCGUUGAGAAAGUUGUUGAACCGCCGAUCGAGAGCGCCGAGCCUCAAUCAAUUGACCAUGAACCCAACCCAGUUCCCGAUAAUUUCGGGCCUGAAGAGCACCUGCCUACGGAAGAUGAAAUUCUCUCCGAGUAUCCAUCGCCUGAUAACCAGGAGACAGUGACCCCUACUGAAACAAACCUGCACACUGGAUUAGAGGCAGAAUCAAUAACCUCUUCUAGGCAUGGUGUUGACGUGGAAGUCACUUGA